AUGGGUCGACAGGGCACUCAGGAGGGUAAUAAAAUUCACACUGCACAGUGUGAGCAAAAACGAGUCGUUACGCAUGCACAAGCAGCGAUCAGAAUUCAACGAUUUUAUCGUGCCCAUCGCGCCAUUACGGCACUCAACCGUCUCGAGCAACGAAUCAAAACAGUUCUCAAUGAAACACACGACCCACAAGCCGCACGCACUCAAUUGCGUGGACGAGCUGCCGAGCUUGGGUCGCUUCGUGCAUUCUUAAACGCCACUCCCCACGUUACCUCUGACCCUCGAGUCGUGAAUAGAAUGCGUCGAGUGGAAGGAACGUUGCAGAAGUUGCUUGAUAAAGCUACUUGUGCGGAGAGAGAGCGGGAGGAGAAGAGGUCUGGGUCGAGAGAGUUCAUUCAUCAUGCUGCGGGCGUUAGCUCGUCUGGACGUCGAAGCUCUCGGUCUGGGAGUCAGUCAUCUGCAACGACUCGUAGUGGCCAAGCAAAGGAUGCUUCUCGGCAGAAUCACACUGUAAUUAGGCACGAGACGAAGGGAUCCACGCAUUCGGAUGUUAUAACGAAAAUUCGACCCUCUCCCUCCUUCGUUGUCCCAAUCCCCUCCCAAAAUCCAUCAAACUCGUUCAUCCUCUCUGGUCCUAAAGAAUUGUCGUCGUCGCCUCCUGAACAGACCUCAAAAUCCCGUCGCACGACCCUACCUACAUCUCCUCCCACCUCUACAACUCAUCAACAAUGGAUUACUCGGAUAUUUGCUGCCACACCUCCACGAAGUGUUCAUCACCAAUCAACAGUCUCCAAAGCACCUUCAUUAUUCACCAUUCCAGAGGCAUCCGAAGUGCUCAUAUCAUGA